AUGGCCGACUCCAAAAAAGCGAUACCAAACCUCAACUGCAUAAAACGUCUUCCAUUCCGAGUCGAAGAGACUCCGAUUGGACGUAUGGACAAUGACCAAACCGGUUCCUUUAAUCAUGGUGGGCGGUGUAUGCUAAGUUUCUGUCAAGCACCUGGAGAUACAAUAGUAGCCUUUGGCGCAGUGAAAUGGAUGGCUGGUGGUACCUAUUUGCAAAUCCUUCCCUUGAUCCCUGCCCUGUCCGAGCCCUCGAAGCCGGUGGAGCCAAUCAGAGCGCUGGGUUUCCCAUCGCCCGUCCAACUGGAUGUUUGA